AUAUUUAUAGAAUUUUUUAAAUUUUUUAUCGAAAAGUGUAAGAUUUUCUUCCUUUUCUUUCUUUUACUCUUAUUUAUUAAUUUAUAUUAUGCGCAGCGCGAGACAAUCGGAAAACUAAACACGUUAAUGAAUUAAUCAAAAUAUGUUAAAAUUAUUCGUAAAUUUUUAAGUUUUAUUUUAUUGAAUAUUUACUUUUUGAUUUUGAAGAAGUUUUCACCGACAGUUAAUACCUGAUAAUUUUUCUUUUUUAAUUCGUUCGCUUAUACGGAGUCGUAUUCUUCAUUUAUCCGCAAACUAUCCCGCGCCUUUGUAUCGCAUGCCAAUCUUCCUCACUUUUAUGGCUAUCUCAUGUUUUACGUCUCCUCUCUGCAUAAUUAUACUUUCACACCAUUUCGUGUGUCCGUCCUUUAUUGUAAAGGCAGAUCAGCAUGCGACGACAUAUGAGUUUAUUUUCUCACGUGUAAUCGCAUUUUUUCCAUUCCAGCAUGAUCACCGGCACGAGCGUCCUUAAAAUUUAUUGCGCAGAAACUGAAAAGAAUAAGACUCUAUCCUCGCAAAUCUCGCGUUCGAAAAAAGAGAGAUACAUCUCUAUAGACGCAUACUCAUAUGCAAGCGACAAACUUAUAGUUGUAGAUGCUGAACGUGGUAAUUCGGAGAAAAAAAAAUCUCUUGCGGAACUUUUGAUUUUAUCUUUGUUUUGCGUUUUUGCAAAAUUUUAGCUUUAUUUUGAAAUUUAAAACUUUGCGCUGAACAAUCGAUUUAUCGAUCGUAUCGAUAUAACAACGCAGUUUCAUACGUUUCCAUUUAUGUGCGAGAGAUGGCUGCACCAUCGCCAUAACACGGUUAAAUGUAACCUGUGUGACGUGUGUGCAUUGCCAAAUAAUAUAAUGUUUAUUAAUUCAUAUUUUAGACUUUAACUAUCGAUAUAUAUAAACUACAUAUACGUAUAACGUAUUGUAAUUUUGUAAUUAUAUGAGUCGUCGGCGGAAAUAAAUCUCGUUGUGAAAUGCCGCCAAAACCUGUGAUGAAUUCUAAACGCAACAGCAAGACCAAGAAAGACGUAGAACUAUGUGAUCCUCCCAAGGUAGUAAACACUAAAAGUGCAAGCGGUUUAAGUCCCGAAGCGGAGGAUCGGUUUGAGUUGGAAUUAUGUUGGUGUAUACAACAGCUGGAGGCGAGCUUAGGUACUGGCAAGUUGCAGGAGAAGCAGGUGCAGGAACUCAGCAAACAGUUACAAUCGUUAAAAAGCAACACUGCAUCAUUAAUAAGAAAAAGACAAAUAAUGAGAAAUACAUUUGGAGACUACAGGGAAAAAAUGGCUGAGGACGAGCGGAAGUUUAGCAAAACUAUGUCGACUGUCAAGUUCACUAGUUCUACUUCAGCAGAUAAAAAGUCAAUAUUUAUCAAAAAAGCUACUGCACAUAUGCAGAAUUUGAAUAAACAGACAGAUGGACUGCAAAGUAUAUCCCAAAGUGCAAAACAAAUUGUUAGUGAUAGUAAUGGAACUGAAACUCCAUUUCAGUUUAAUUUUCAAGUAUGUCAAUAAAAUUAACUUUUAUAUUUA